GGAGGAACAAAAACCAGACAAGAGCGACGUUUCCACAUUUGCACUGUAAGGAAACACAUUCGAGGCUGCAACAAUGUUUGUGAUUCUCCCCGCGAGCAUAUGGACCCUGACGUCUUUGAUUCUGUCGGGUGCUCUGGCAGCCGACUGGACAGUGCAUGUUCCCAUGGAUCCAGUAUACGCUCCUCUUGGUUCUUCUGUGGUUCUGCAGUGCUCCUACGACUACCCCGAGGAGUCUGAGCAAGGGAUACCUCACAAAGUGUUGUCGGAGAUGUGGUGUCUGAAUGAAAGCUGCUGCAUUACUCCGAGAUACGUGUACCACAGCGCAGGGGUGUUCCCUGAGCCCUCGUACCAGGGCAGAGUCAAGUUCUUGGGGCAGACGGGGAGCAGAAACUGCUCUCUGAUGAUUUCUGAUCUAAGGUCAGAAGACAGCGGCGUGUACGUGUUCCGGUUCAUCACCAACCACCUGAAGGCCAAGCUGCCAGGACAGAGAGGAGUGAAUCUACAGGUCACACAUCGGGCAGAAACAAGAAGUGCAUCUUCAUCCACCACUGGCAUUGUGCUUGGAAUUAUUAUCAUGGUUAUCAUAAUAGCAGGCAUUGUGAUAUUCAUCAGUCGGAAGGCACGAGCAGAGAGGACACGAUCACUUUAAACAAGUUAUCACCACAAAGGAGGAAAAAAAAACUGAUCAAAACAAAGAUUUUAACCAAAAGUUCUGCUUUUUUUCUGCUUGUGGGUUACAUUUUUUGCAUUCAUUUAUGCAUCCAUUACGGAGUCUGUUAUUUAAAUGCUUAUAUCGUUUUCCGCAUAUCAAGCAGCACGAUGUUUGAUUCACAUCUUUUAUUUUUUGGAUUUCCUAUUUCACCUUUAGCAUCAUCGUAUCGCGUCUUACAUUUUGCAAGUCACUGCCGCUGUGUUGCAUGUUUCAGGGUUAUGCCCUCAGCCACUGAACUACAGACUAAACAACAUGUUUUUUUUUUCACAAAGUCUGUAAAAAGAGAAAAUAAUGGUUAUGUUUAGAUAGUGAGGAAUUUAUUAAGACAGCAGGUUAGAUACAGUAGAAAUCUCACAUUGUAAAUCAUAGAAAACCGCCUCUCAUUCUACCUUCAGUUAUCAGUGUUGUUAUUUACUUACCCUUGAAUCUUCAAUCAGCUCCACAACAACAACAACAACAACAACAACAACGGAUAUUGCAUGUGUCUUCAGUAUUCUGAUAUGGCAGUAAUGCCAAGAAUAUGCAUAUAGAUAUUGUUUUUUUGUUUGUUAAUGUUAAUUAAAUUUAGUAUUUACUAAGUGGGA